GCAGUCGGCAGCCGCUUUUAUACCCUUCAGGAAUUUCGGAUCCGACGCCCUUCCCCGCGACCCCAGGGCUGACAACACCGGAAGCAUGGAUAUCCACCGGUGCCGAUUCGUCCGUUAUCCUGCCUCGGCCAUCAAUGCGGUCGCAUUCACGCACUCGUCACUCCCCUCGGUUUCGUCGCAGAAGAAGCACCUCGUAAAACACAUCCAGGUUCGACUAGCGAUCGGAAGAGCCAAUGGCGACAUUGAAAUCUGGAACCCCCUCCAGGGUGCCUGGCAUCAAGAACUCGUAAUUCCCGGCGGCAAGGAUCGGAGUGUCGAUGGCCUCGUUUGGGUCACGGAGCCCGACGAGGAGAUGGCCGACGGCAAGACAAUCCAUGGCAAGUCGCGCCUCUUUAGCAUUGGCUACACGACCACCAUCACCGAGUGGGAUCUGGAGAAGGCAAAGGCGAAGAAGCACGCAAGCGGCCAGCAUGGCGAAAUAUGGUGCCUCGGUGUCCAGCCUCCCCCGAACAAGGGCGCCGCCGCGCCCGGCAGCCGAAAGCUGGUUGCUGGCACCGUCGAUGGCAACCUGGUGCUCUACUCGAUCGAGGACGGCGACCUGAAGUUCCAAAAGACCCUUAUCCGGACCCCGUCGAAGAAGACCAAAUUUGUCAGCAUCGCCUUCCAGUCUCACAACGUCGUCGUCGUCGGCUGCUCGAAUAGCACCAUCUGCGCCUACGAUAUCCGAAACGGCACAUUGCUGAGGCAGAUGACUCUCGGAACCGACAUCUCUGGGGGCUCUAAGAACAUCAUCGUGUGGGCUGUCAAGUGCCUGCCCAACGGGGAUAUUGUGUCCGGGGACUCGACCGGUCAGGUGUGCAUCUGGGACGGCAGGACAUACACUCAGGCGCAGCGGAUUCAGAGUCAUUCGCAGGACGUAUUGUGUCUCUCCGUCAGCGCAGACGGCUCUAAGAUUGUCUCGGGGGGGAUGGACAGGCGGACGGCCAUCUACGAGCCCAUUGCUGGGCAGGUUGGCCGUUGGUCAAAGGUGUUCCAUCGCCGAUAUCACCAACACGAUGUCAAGGCAAUGGCUUCCUUUGAGAGCAAAGCGAUGAGUGUUGUGGUUUCUGGCGGCUCGGACGCGACUCCCGUGGCCCUGCCCUUGCGUGCUGCUGGAAGGGAGUAUCAUCGAACAUUGCCCCAUCUUCCGCAAAACGCGCCACUGCACAGCGCUCCCAAAGCGCGCUUCCUCCUUAGUUGGUGGGAAAACGAAAUCCGCAUAUGGCACCUCCACAGCCCGGCACAGAAACUGCUCGACGACCCCCAAGCCGCCCUUAGCCUCCGUAAGAACAGGAAGCUUCUCGCCCAGGUGCUGGUAAAAGGAGACUCCUACAUAUCAUCCGCCGUAAUUAGCGAGGAUGGAACGCUUCUCGUCGCCUCAACUGCCACAGACAUCAAGGUGUUCCAGCUUGAUUUUGCAAGGGGGGGCCAAAUGGAGCAACUUCAGAUCAGGAAAGUGGACAUGCCGACGGCCGGCCUUGCCGCGACCAAGAUCCAGAUCUCGCCGGAUAACCGGUGGAUAUCCUGGGCGGAAGAAGGGAGCAAAGUGAUGGUCGCCAGGGUGCAUACCACAGAGUCACCAGCCGGCGCCACGUACUCGAUCUCUCACCCCUACAAAUUGCACCGACUUCGGCGCCAGAUUCCAAAGCACCUCCUCCUUGGCGGUCUCGGAUCCUACGACCGGAACGUCACGCAGAUGGCCUUCUCCCCCGACAGCAGAUUGUUCAGCGCGGCUGACCUGGCAGGCUUCAUCGACACGUGGGUCUUACGCGGCCCCGGCGAGGGGGCGAAUGGCACGGCCGGCGAAGAUGACGAUGAUGCGGCCAGCGGGUCGUCGGAUGACUCGUCAGAUGAGGAGACAGACGACGUUGCCGGCGAGCGCUGGGUCCGCAAUCCCAACGCCAAGCUGCUCCCCAAGCUGUCCGCCGCGCCCGUGCUGCUCUCGUUUGCGAAAUCCCAGCGGGACGACGGUGAUUAUGACCUGAUGGCCAUCACCGCGGUGAAGUCACUCCUCGUCUUCAACCCCCUCCGCGGCGCGCUCUCCGAGUGGUCGCGGCGGAACACGUACCCCAAGCUCCCGGCACAAUUCAGGGACACGCGGGACCAAGUCAAGGGGGUCGUAUGGCAAGGCCACAGGGCGUGGAUUUACGGCGUCUCUUCCCUCUUCAUGCUGGACCUGUCCCAGGACUUUGACGUGGAGAAGAAGGACUCAUCGGAAGACAAGAACGGGCAGAGGCAGGGCACGAAGCGAAAGCGCGGCGGGCAGGACGGCGGCGCGGGCGGGAAGAUGGACAAGCAGUCCCUCGCACCCCAGCGCGUCAAGACGGCCCUGGGGCCCGACGGAGCCAGGUGGGAGGACGUGGAGAUGGCCGACGCUGACGACCAGAAGAGCGUCGGCGCGAGCAGCGGGGUCGACGACGACGAUGACGACGACACCGAUGGCGGCGAGCUGCAGCGUCUGAGGGACCACCAGCAGGGCGCCAACGGCGGCGGCGGCGCGGUAGAUGCCGACGAGGAGGAGGAGGGGCAGGGGGCAAAGGCGCCGAAGUGGUGGCAUUCUUACCAGUUCCGCCCGAUAUUGGGCAUCGUCCCGGUCGAGGGCCUGCCCGGCUUGACGAAUGGGAUCGUCCCCGAGGGGGCCCUGCCGCCCCUCGAGGUGGCUCUUGUCGAGCGCCCGCUGACUGGCGAGGACCUGCCGGAACGUUACUUCGCCGAGGGCGAGUGGGAGAGGUGAAUGUGGGUGGGUGGUAUGUACAUGUUCUGUUUUAUGAUGAGCGCCUUCUGCGUGUGGCAUGAGGGAGUGUAGCGAGCUUGUGAUAGACCCGGCCUGCCUGCUUGCUUGCGCGAGAACUUGCAGCCUGGGGUAACUAGGCCGUGUAUGAAUGGGUGGAUGGAUCUACGGCGAGCCUGGCACCCUCGGAGGGCCCGCGCCAAACCUUUUUCCUUCUUGAGAACCGCAACUUGGUGUUUGUUUGUCCCAUGCAUCCCCACCCUGCCUGGCCUCCACUCUCCGUAGAGAGUCAGUCAAUGGGACCGCCGGCCCUGCUACAUACCACGAAUGACCACCUGCCGGACAGGAUCAUCUCUGCACGCCAUCGAUCGACGGACGGACACACAUCAACCAACACCCACCACCCACCCGCCUUGGACACCGCUCCCGUCCCAAAACAGAAAUCCCUCGCCUCCCAACCCGGCCAGCCGCAGAUAGGAUGGGGAUAGAGCCGGC